AUGGCGGAAUCGUCUGAGUCUUUCACCGGGGCGUCCAGCCCAGCACGGCGCCGCAGAGGCACGGACCCUGUUACCUCCAGCCCUGGCCGCAGCUCUCGGCGCACUGAUGCCCUGACUUCCAGCCCCGGCCGAGACUUGCCUCCCUUUGAGGAUGAGUCAGAAGGGCUGCUGGGCACCGAGGGGCCCCUGGAAGAAGAGGAAGAUGAUGGAGAAGAGCUUAUUGGGGAUGGCAUGGAGAGGGACUACCGCGCCAUCCCAGAGCUGGACACCUAUGAAGCUGAAGGGUUGGCUCUGGACGACGAGGACGUGGAGGAAUUGACCGCCAGCCAGAGGGAGGCUGCUGAGCGGGUCAUGAGACAGCGGGACCAGGAGGCUGGCCGUGGCCUGGGCCGCAUGCGCCGCGGGCUGCUGUAUGACAGUGAUGAGGAAGAGGAGGAGCGCCCCACCCGGAAACGCCGCCUGGUGGAGCGGGCCACCGAGGACGGCGAGGAGGACGAGGAGAUGAUCGAGAGCAUCGAGAACCUGGAGGACCUGAAGGGCCACUCUGUCCGGGAGUGGGUGAGCAUGGCCGGCCCGCGGCUGGAGAUCCACCACCGAUUCAAGAACUUCCUGCGCACCCACGUGGACGGGCACGGUCACAACGUCUUCAAGGAGCGCAUCAGUGACAUGUGCAAAGAAAACCGGGAGAGCCUGGUGGUGAACUAUGAGGACCUGGCGGCCCGGGAGCACGUGCUGGCCUACUUCUUGCCAGAGGCCCCAGCAGAGCUGCUGCAGAUCUUUGACGAGGCUGCCCUGGAGGUGGUGUUGGCCAUGUACCCCAAAUACGACCGCAUUGCCAACCACAUCCAUGUCCGGAUCUCCCACCUGCCCCUUGUGGAGGAACUGCGCUCGUUGAGACAGUUACACCUGAACCAGCUGAUCCGCACCAGCGGGGUCGUGACCAGCUGCACAGGCGUCCUGCCCCAGCUCAGCUUGGUCAAAUAUAAUUGCAACAAGUGUAACUUCGUCCUGGGACCCUUCUGCCAGUCACAGAACCAGGAAGUAAAGCCAGGCUCCUGUCCCGAGUGCCAGUCAGCUGGCCCCUUUGAAGUCAACAUGGAGGAGACCAUCUAUCAGAACUACCAGCGCAUCCGGAUUCAGGAGAGUCCGGGCAAGGUGGCCGCGGGCCGACUGCCUCGCUCUAAGGAUGCCAUCCUCCUUGCUGAUCUGGUGGAUAGCUGCAAACCAGGGGAUGAAAUAGAGCUGACUGGCAUCUACCACAACAACUACGAUGGCUCGCUCAACACCACUCAUGGCUUCCCGGUCUUUGCCACUGUCAUUCUGGCCAACCACGUUGCCAAGAAGGACAAUAAGGUGGCUGUCGGGGAGCUGACGGACGAGGAUGUGAAGAUGAUCACCAGCCUCUCGAAGGAUCAGCAGAUAGGGGAGAAGAUCUUUGCGAGCAUUGCUCCUUCCAUCUAUGGGCAUGAAGACAUCAAGAGAGGCCUGGCUCUGGCUUUGUUUGGAGGGGAGCCCAAAAACCCAGGUGGCAAGCACAAGGUGCGAGGUGACAUCAACGUGCUCCUCUGUGGAGAUCCUGGCACGGCUAAGUCUCAGUUCCUCAAAUACAUUGAGAAAGUGUCGAGCCGAGCCAUCUUCACCACUGGCCAGGGGGCUUCGGCCGUAGGUCUCACGGCCUAUGUCCAGCGGCAUCCUGUCAGCAGGGAAUGGACCUUAGAAGCCGGGGCCCUCGUGCUGGCUGACAGAGGAGUGUGUCUCAUAGAUGAGUUUGACAAGAUGAACGACCAGGACAGAACCAGCAUCCAUGAGGCAAUGGAACAACAAAGCAUCUCUAUUUCAAAGGCCGGCAUUGUCACCUCACUGCAGGCUCGCUGCACUGUCAUUGCUGCUGCCAACCCCAUAGGAGGGCGCUACGAUCCCUCACUCACCUUCUCAGAAAACGUGGACCUCACAGAGCCCAUCAUCUCGCGCUUCGAUGUCCUGUGUGUGGUGAGAGACGUCGUGGAUCCAGUCCAGGAUGAGAUGCUGGCCCGCUUUGUAGUAGGGAGCCAUGUCAGGCACCACCCCAGCAACAAGGAGGCGGAAGGUCUGGUCAACGGCAGCACGCCAGAGCCUGCCAUGCCAAAUACAUACGGAGUAGAGCCUCUGCCCCAGGAGGUACUAAGGAAAUACAUCAUCUAUGCCAAGGAAAAGGUCCACCCAAAGCUCAACCAGAUGGAUCAGGACAAGGUGGCCAAGAUGUACAGUGACCUGAGGAAAGAAUCCAUGGCAACAGGCAGCAUCCCCAUUACUGUGCGGCACAUUGAGUCCAUGAUCCGAAUGGCAGAAGCCCAUGCGCGCAUCCACCUGCGGGACUACGUGAUAGAGGAUGAUGUCAACAUGGCCAUUCGCGUGAUGCUGGAGAGUUUCAUUGACACACAGAAGUUCAGCGUCAUGCGAAGCAUGCGGAAGACUUUUGCCCGCUACCUUUCCUUCCGGCGCGAUAACAACGAGCUGUUGCUCUUCGUGUUGAAGCAGUUGGUGGCAGAGCAGGUGACAUAUCAGCGCAACCGCUUUGGGGCCCAGCAGGACAUGAUUGAAGUCCCUGAGAAGGACUUGGUUGACAAGGCUCGUCAGAUCAACAUCCACAACCUCUCAGCUUUUUAUGACAGUGAACUCUUUAGGAUGAACAAGUUCAGCCUCGACCUGAAACGGAAAAUGAUCCUUCAGCAGUUCUAGGGCUUUGGGCCGUCAGAAUAACUAACUGUGCCUUCUGGUUUGGACAGGCAGAGCCAAGUGCUCAGUUCACCAUGUCCUUUCUUGAUUCAACACCAGCCCACUGAGGACUAGGAAUUCAGAUCCAGUGGGGUUUGGAGUUGAAUCCCCUGGCUUCACCCACAGACUUCUGAGGGCUAAGGCUAAGGCUAUGGCUUGUAGUCAUGGUAUUUAUUUCGUUUGCUCUGUUUUUAGCUUCUCACGCCUUCUCAGAUGAGCGCACUUUACCAGUGUUACAACCCACGCAACGGCCUACCAGUGGUCUCUGCCGAGCUUGGAUAAAAAUUAUUUGUGUUCAGGACACCCGUGGUAGAAGAUGUAGUGUACUUGGAUGAGGUCUAUCUUGGGUAACUUGCAUACAAGUGUGUUCAGAGAACUGUUGUUCUCUUGAAAUUAUUUCCUUGUCCACACUGCUUCUACCACUCUUUUUCCUAGGAGCAGCUUAAAAGGCAUUUGUAGUAGUUUCCCAAACCUUGUUGGGGAAUUUUUCGAAACCACAGUGAAAUGACAGCAUUAUCGAUAGUCAAUUGUUGGUUGUUCUGAAAGUUUACCUGCUAGUGAGUGAGGGUUAUCUGAUAGUUACAAGUGUCAACCAACAUCACUAUGUCCAUCCCUACCCAAUUCUCCAUUCUCGUAUUUGUACAUUUGAUUUUUUUUCCUUAUAGUUUUACUUUUUAAUAAAGUUAAAUAAAAUGCAAACAUUA